AUGUCAUCUCAAAAGAACUUCCUAGCCCUAGCGCUAGCUUACAUCUUCCUGUUUCUGUCUUGCGCCUCCGCGAGCCCCCUCCCUAUUUCGCCCAAUGACGCGGUCAACCUCAAGUCGCGUCAAUCUGUGUGUCGACCAAUUGUCGGCUGCGUCCCAUUCUUCAAUGCACCCACUUGGAACAGCUUCGAGCUGACCAUCCCUGCACCCGGCGACCCUCUCACGCAGGAAGGCCGCUCGGCCGGAGGAGAAGUCGAAGCUUCUGUCUGGAACCGGGCUGAUGGGUCCGCCUUCCUUGGAAUCCAUCUCGGUGACGAUUACGACCUUCCUGCGCAUGCCGAGAUGCAAAUUCAAGCCCGGUUCCGGAACACCGAUAUCAGACUCAACCGCGCCUCCAUUGACCUCGAAGGACAGGGCGCGCUUGGCACAAUUCCUGCCGCUUCGAUUACCGAGUGGAGGCAAGGUAACCGAGUGGGCAACACCAUUACUCUUACAAUCAGAUGGAGGCUCCAACAGGAUCUUUAG